AUGCCGUCUGAUCAGAGCACCUGGCUCGUCGCCGUCCCGCACGACGGCGACGCAGACGGCCUCCACCAGGAACUCGCCGCACGGCUCCAGGCGGGCUCCAAGAACGCAACCGCAGCCCUCGCGCCCCUCCCCGUCCCGUCCUUCAAGACAGGCACAUUAGAGUCCCUCAUCAGCCUCUCCGAGGAGCUCCCAAAGACAGACGCUUUCUUCACCGCAACCGUCGCAAAGGCCGUCGACACCCUCCGCAACCUCCUCAACAACGACCCCACAAAGCUCCGCCAGCACGUCCAGGUCAACGAAGAGCCCGUCGAUGAAUACCUCCUCCGCGGCUGGCACUGGAACGACGGCCGCUAUGGCGUGCAGCGCCCGCUUAGGGACAUGGUCGACGUCCUGAACAAGGAGAUGGCUUCAAUAGACAACGUCAUGAAGGCAAAGCUCAACAGCUACAACCUCGCCAAGGGCUCCCUCGUCCAGAUGCAGAGGAAGAAGACCGGAAACCUCUCCGUCCGCUCCCUCGCCGACGUCGUCAAGAAGGAGCACUUCAUCGGCGACUCCGAGUACAUGCAGACUGUCAUCGUCGCCGUCCCAAAGAACCUCGUCAAGGACUGGAACACCAAGUACGAGCGUCUGACGCCCAUGAUCGUCCCCCGCUCGUCGACGCCCAUCGCCUCCGACGACGAGUACUCGCUUUUCUCGGUGGUCGUCUUCAAGAAGGUGUACGAGGACUUUGUCAACAAGUGCCGCGAGAACAAGUACAUCGUCCGCGAGUUUGUCUACUCCGACGAAGCGCUAGACAAGCAGCGCGAAGAGCUCGAGCUCGCAGACUCGACCGAGAAGGAGCUCUGGACGGAGCUCCUCCAGCUCUCGCGCACCAACUUCUCCGAGGCGUUCCAGCUCCUCGUGCACAUCAAGGUCCUCCGCCUCUUCGUCGAGAGCGUCCUCCGGUACGGCCUCCCCGCGACCUACACGGGGUUCGUCAUCAAGCCCGAACCGAAGGCGACGAAACGCACGCUCCAGACGCUCCAAGCGCAGCUCGCCUACCUCUCGCGGCGCGCCAACCCCAGCUCCAAGGGCAAGGGCAAGGCGAAGGGCGACGGAGGAGGGGAGACGGGCGACUUUGCGGGCGAGUACCAGACGCUGAUGGAGCAGGAGUACUUCGACUUCGUGCUCUUUGAGGUGCCGUGGAUCGUUUUGUAG